AUGGCUGAUGAGGAGAAAAUAGUCAUCGACCAGUACGGACGACAGAAAUGGAAUAAGGAGUUGUAUCUACAAGAAGCUAAGAACAAGAAGAGGAAACGGGAUGAAGUUUCCCAACCAUCACAAUAUACGUUGAAGAAUGAUACUUCUCUGGCAUAUAUCAGCCAUAGAAAUAACCUACUUAAUGAAUCACUCGGAGCUGUCAAGACUUUUAAUUUGAUAAAUCCAGAUAAAUCAAACUCAACUACUUAUGGUACAAACAAGAGGUUUGGCUUUUUUUGUCCAGUUUGCGAUUUAUCAUUUCGUGAUAAUUUGGCCUUAAUUGAUCAUUUGAACUCACCUCAACAUGCUACUAAAGUGAUUGCGCUGCUGCUGCUGCUGCUGCUGCUACAUAGUGCAAAAGAUGGCGAGACUGAGAUUGUUGCGGAAAUUUUGCAAGGAGGUAUACGAAGAGCUACAUUAUCAGAGGUUGUAUCGACUAUGGAGAAACUAAUUGCUCGCCAGAUUGCAGCGAGAUCAAACAUGACUGGUAAUAAUGGAAUAUCUUUUACAGAACGUCUACAACGACGAAAAGAAUUUGAAGAAAAGAAGAGGAAGAAAAGGGCUGAAAAAAGACAAACUCAGAAACAACGAAAACGGCUAAACCAAGAGAAUUAUGUAGUUGGAAACGGUGAAGCGGAUGACUCAAUAAGUCAAACUAUGGGAUUUACAAAUUUCGGGACCACCAAGUUGAACAAAUAG